CAACAUGGCGUCUGCGGGGAACACAGGUUCUGUGUACUUUUCCUGGAUAUUCUUAGUUUUCAUUCUCAACUGCCUUUGUUUAAAGUUCGUCAUCUCUGAGAACUUAACCUUCUGGCUGGAUCCUGCAGUCAAUGAAGACACAACACAUUCAGACUAUAACGUUGGGAAUAGACGGAUAAACUGGUGGGAUGCAGCACAGUCGGGGUGUUCACAGUUCGGUGGAAACCUGUACAUACCGCAGUCACAAAACCUUCCUGGAGCUCUCCUUGGACAGAUGAACUGGGGAACCUAUUACUGGAUCGGAGCAGUGAAAUAUCCUACAUGGAUUUGGACAGCCGAUCAAUCGAAUCUGUACACUUAUGUAGGCUAUUUGCCUUUGCCCACAUUUAGGCAAAACUCGACUCUGGAGGGAAAUUCAGCUUUAACCUGCCAUCAAUAUUGCGGAAAAUCAAUACUUGGACUACGGGGAAAUGACUGCUACUGUCUGGGAAACUUUGUGCAUGGCAUACCGUCCUUUCACUUUGGAGUGAGAUGUCCAGGAAACUAUGACGAAUACUGCGGUGAUGAAGAUGGAAUUUCUGUGUACAAACAAGAAAGCAUCAGGGCUAUUCCAAGUUUUGAUAGCAAAUGCGGUUUUAUCAGUGUGAGCAAAACGUGGCCAAAUAUUAACAAUCCCUAUUCUUACACGCAUGGCAACCUAUUACCUACUACCUACUACCAUACAGUGUCCCUGGAAAGCAAUUGUUAUACUACCAGGAGAUCGGCUUGUGAGAAGAACAUUACCAGACACAUUGUUGAGAACCGGUGGACAUGGACCUGUCGUGGAAAUGUUUGCUUAUCACACGCACAUCGUACCUUUUAUGCAUCAAACCAGAAGUGUGACUUGGUAAAAGUUACACAUGGAAACAUCGAGCAUCUGACUCAGGCAAUAGUGGAACUGUCCGGGUACAGAGAAACUUACUGGAUUGGUCUCCAAAGAAUUUCUGUAAAGAAAUGGAAUAACGGUAGUGAUAUGCUGCUCACAGCCGACGACUACUUCGGUGUUGGUGCUGUUCUACCUACAUGCCUGGCGGUGUGGAAGACGUACUACAACAGUGUACAGUUCCACUGGUUAGAGUGUCAGAGCAAACACCUAUCUAUUUGUGAAAAAGUGAAAGUAAGAACUACAAAACCACCAACUCGGAUGUCGACACAUUCCACAAACUCGCCUACACCGCCACACAUUGAUCCUUUGUCAACAUCAGACGUUGUGCAUCCCUCUUCCACUCACAGGACCACAACAAAGAAAUCAAAACUGGAAGGUGCGGCCGACUCUGAACGACAUUCGAACAACGGCAAUGUUGGUAUCUAUGUUGGUUGUUCCAUUGCUGCAGCGGUUAUCUGUGUUUCUCUCAUUCUACUCCUUGUAUCAUACAGACAGAGGCGUCUGUGCUUCAAAGACAAACGGUCUGUUUCAACUUGCCACAACGUUCACUUCAAUUAUGCUGCGGACAAUGCCACGUACUCAGAAGCUGCUGCUCCAACAAGAGUCCCAGUCGGCCUUGAAAUGCCUGUGUCCUCCGACAGUUCUCCAUAUUACUCUGUCGUGCCUGUCGCCAGAGUGACACCAAACAACCACGCCAAUGGGUCGUCACGACAGGACCCCGAGAUAGAGAAACAGAGAGAUUACUAUAACAUUAAGCCUGUGGAAAAUAGUGAUGCCGUUUCAGGUUCUCAACAGCUGCCGGACAAUGGUCAGUAUGUGGUUCCCAAAGUAGGCAUGAGUAAAACUACAGGCAAGCACCCGGUGUCCAGAAAGCCUGUUGCACAUUACCAGAAUACAGAACAACCAGACUACGCUGUUCCUCGUGCCAGGGACGUUGAGGUUGAUGGAACAAGAGAUGAUGACAACGCUGGCAUCUAUCAUCUCGCUGGAGAGGUCGAUCAGGACAAUGUCUAUACCCUGUCCCGUGCCAUAGACGAACAUAGCAGAGAUACGACAAUGCUAGAGGCUCCCUACAACACACUUGGGCAAGACAUGACCCCGGGAAAGAAACUCACAGGAACUGGUACUUAUGACAGAUUGAUUCAUCCGUCUAAAACAGAUGCUUGUGACCCAGUAUCACGGGACCGUCAUAUGAAGAUUGGUGACAACACUUACAGCCAUAUAGGACAGGGAGACCAUGACGCUGACAAUAAUUACGACACCACACGACACCGACAACAACGACCAAGCCUGGAUGAUUACAGUCAUACAGAUGUUCUUAACGCUGUAUCAGAGGACGGUGAGGAUGAUGGGGAAGAUGUUGACGACACCUACCAUUUUAUCAACGACACGGAGGAGGCCAAUGCAACGCAUGGAAAGGCUCAUCCUGUCUAUAGCAACACUGGAAACACUCAUGCUCAAGCUGUUGAUGAUGCUGAUUAUUACAAUUUACCUUUCGUUACCGACAGGGGAAAUGCCAACUCCUCAGAAGACCCUGCUUCACAAGGAGGCGACGAUGUGUACAGCCUAGCAAGAACAGUCUCUGACGCAUGAAGAACCACACCGAGUAGAUCACUCACACAGAAAAGGGCGAUGAAACGUUUAUUCCAUCAAUCAAACAUUUUAAGUUAAUUUUAACAUUUUAACUUUAAUUAAGUUUUCAAUUUUAUUGUUUUAGGAUAAUGUUAUUUGUUAAGAGGUGUUAAAAUCCUGUAUCAUUAUAUACUUCAGAGUUUUCCUAAGUUGUGAAGGUGAUAUUUUCCUUGCAGUGAAGUAAAGACUUGAUAUUUCACUGCAGUAAACGUAACACUUGAUAUUUCACUGCAGUGAACAUAACACUUUGACUGAACUAUUGCCAUACAAAAGUCAAUUCACCGCAAAUUGUCUCCCCUUAUCGUCAAUGUCUAGCCUGUACAGAAACUGUUGACUUCCUUUUAAUUAACAGAUGGUCAUUUAUUAAGUUAAUGUCGCUGCUGGCCGUUUGCUAUUUUUCGCUGAAAAUGUUUUGUUAUAAACUGUAAAUUUCUCAUUUAACUCGUCAAUCGAGACUGUUCGUCUCGCGAAGCGCGAUUUUUGUUAUUUUACCAGCGUGCAUUCUCCUAGAUUUCAAGAAAAUCUUUGUUUAAGUUGAUUUUGUAUUUAGUCAUAUACCAAUGUACGACGAACAAUUGCCAUGACUUGUUACUUUUCUUUAUAUGUUUUAAGAUUUUGCAAACCCGGAAUUACCUUUUAAGUCGCAAUUACAAGGGGAGGUGAAACAUCCCUUCGUGUUAGGAAGGAAUAAUUUACAUUUCAAAGUUUAACAUUUGUAAUUCAAUAAAUCAAUUUUCCGGUGGACAUCUACACAAAAAGAAUAUAAUAAUCAGGAUAUUCUAUGUGUCUCGUGAAAUAUGCUCUAUAUAUUUAUGUUUAUUUCAUAGCCACGGGAUGCGACGCUUCACGUAUACGCAACUGCAAACUGUAAGCAUUCAGGGACUUGUUUGAGAAGUCCCAAUCGAAUAUUCGGAAGUGCUAUCGAGCACGAGUCGAUGUACUGUGUAUGUUUAAGACUGUACUCAUGUAUGUACGAUGUUGCAAUGGAAGCACCCAAAUGAAGAACUAUACAUUAACAUUAAACCUAAUGAAUGUAAUUUUAUGAUACAUUAUAACCUUGUUAAUCCGGACGGUGCGGUUCUUAUUGAAUCGUUCGUGUUAAGAAAUAUCCUGAUUAAUCCUCGGUUACACAGUAAUGUCCCUCUAAUUCUAUAUAGUCGUUAACAAUAGAAAUGGUCAAGAAGGCGGGGUACCUGGAAUGUAUAUUUUCUUGACAUAGACACGAUUCUUUACAGACCCCGUGAUAUAGCCUGAUAGUGCUGGAUGCGGCGUAAAGUAACAUUCACUCACACACUCAUACCAUGCGGACCCGUGAAGAUUCCGGGGUAGAAUAGGUCUUCCGCAACCCAUGCUUGUCGUAAAAGGCGACUAACGGGAUCGGGUGGUCAGACUCACUGAC